UCUACACAGUUCAAUGGACUUUCAGGUUGAGUCCAACACGCACACUCGCUCGCUCACACUCAACUCACACUUGACCGGGAUUAUUAAUAGCAUGUUUCACUUCCACAAUGCACCAGAGAAGUGCAAGCAAAGCAGUUUGGUGCUCUGGGACCAAAGAUGACAUACUGUUUUUUUUUUGUGUAUUUAGGGGGAGGGGGUAAACUUACGUCAACCAGUGACUCAAAAUCGCUGUUUCACACUUCCUGGAAGAGCUCAAAAGAGUGGCGUACCCCCUCCUCUUUUAACUCCUCCCUAUACCUUCCCCCCUUUACUAUCCUAGAAGCCCAAAACGCACACACACACACAUCCUCAUUCAGGAAAAAAUUGAGAUUUGCUGACACAGACAUGCCCACAAGAGAGCCACAUUGUUUGCAGUCUGCUGUUGGAGAAAAUUGCAACAGACAGAAGGGACUUGGUGGUGUAUGUAGCAGAGGGCCGGCCACAUGACAGAUGCAUGACUUUUGCAACUUGAAGGAAGGAGAGUGUUUGGAGAGAUGUUUUUUUAUGGCAAUGCACCGAUUAGGACUUUUUCCAUCUUCACUUUCAUCUCAAGCACAACAUCUUUUAUAUCCUUUGCUCGUCUCUUUUCUCUCCUCCCUCUCACCUUGUCUCUAUCUGUCUGCCUCUUUCACCGGCCACACAUCUAUACACUGAAAGAGACAGCCCUAACACAGAGAGACCCUGAGUGUCUGACAGAAGCUUAUAGAGUUAGAGACUGUCUGAGUCUGAAUAAGUCUUGAUCUGCAGAGGUAGAUACACAGCAGGCGCAUUUACAAAGAGAGGCAGGCGGAGGACGGGCUGCGAGAGAAAAGAUGAAGAACACAAGAGAGCGUGAGUGCGUGAGAACGAGAGAUGUACUGUAGGGAGCUGGAGGGAGAAAGUAAGAGAGAGACGGAGGGAGAAUAGAUGAGCAUGAGAGUGUGUGAGAGAGAUAAAUAGAGACAGAGCGAGCAGGAGGAGGGGGAGAGUGUAAACAGCAGAAGGUUCACUGGGUUCAGUGUGCAGUAGAGGAGCUGAAAGAUGGGCAUCAGAAUCCGAAGCCCAGGGGGCCGGAUAGUGGUGCGUGACUCACAUACUCAUGCAUAUAUUCACGCACACACAUGCACGGAGAAAUGCCGUUUUAUUUUCAAACAUAAACUAUUAUACACACAAACCCCAGGGAGAUAAUCUAAGACAUAAAUAAUAGAGGCGUUUAAUAGUGUGACAUAUUGGCUUCCUUUUCAUCUUCAUAGUAUGAUACCACACAACAAAAAGACCUUUAUAAUCUCAUUAGCAUUAAAUAUUGCUUUAUGCCGCUAUUAAGACUGCACAGAUUUAAUCACUGUAUUGCUAUGUGCUGUAUAUAUAUCAUUGACUCAUUCUACAAUGAAGUCAGCUUAGCUUUACGUCGUGUCAACAUGAAAAAACACACAUCACACACACACUUAAUGUGACAUUUUCAAGGACAGGAAACACUGAAUAUAUUUGGCCUUUAUAUUUACAGGUCAGCCAAAACAUUUGACUGUGUGGUUUACUUUUUCCAUCUGAUAAUGACUAAUAUCGACAUAAUAUACCAAGUUCACUGCUGUAUAUCAGAGGCAGAGCUCAGCGUGACGAGUCAAACCGAUACUGUCACUCAUCCAGACCAAGCAGCCUGUUUUCUCCACAUGAGUCACUAGAUUUCAUUUUGAGUCUGAAAAACACUGCACACACUUGCAAAACCAUCAUGUUAACCCCAAACUGAUCUCUCAGAGAGCACACGCUCUUACAGCUCAUCAACAGGGAUUCACGACUUCAAACGGAGUUACUUUUGGAGCCAAGUUGAAAUGACAAGAUGCACAUCCACAGCAGCAAAAGGACAAAGCACAACUCCCAAGUUUGAUAUUAUACCGAGCUGGGAGGCUGGGAGAAACUUUUCAUCACAUGACAGGUGAGGUUUACUGUAAAAGGAGCGUAUCCAGUGUGGUAGUUGUAUUUGUGAAGCCCUGCCACUUUCCAUGGAGCCGUCACUCACUGAGUCAUAUCCUUUACAAAGUCUGGCAAGACAAAGCUCCAUUUCACACAAAAGGCUGUGCAUCUCACAGCAGAAGCAAGAACAAUCCUAACAACUUUCUUGUCUCACAAUGGCUAAUUAACACCUUGACAGAGCCGCAUGCUCCUCUCUCUGAGAACAAAGACAUUGCUGCUGUCGCCUCUCCGUCCUGCCACAUUUAGCAAACAGCACCUACAUACUGUCUAACAGGGAGGCUCAGAGGCACAACUGUGAACACUGGCAAGCAGGUGUGCACAUUUGUGCAUUUGGCACUUGGAUGUCUGUUGCCAUGGUGACCCCCAGAAUAUCCCCAUACAGCACAAUGUGAUAUUUUUAAUAAAGUUUGAGGGCUCUGACUUUAAUGUCUGGAGCGGCUGUGAAGAUGUAAUGUGCAGAACUUUUUUCCCAUCUGUCGCCAAGGCUGUGUGCGUUUCUCAGACAGGAACAUCCAGCAGCUUAUGCUGGUAGGCAUAUGGUGUAGUGAAUAACUAUAGUGUACUGUAAAGGUGAAGGGAAUACUGGCUGUAGUGGAUGUGUGUAGUUGUGUAUGUGCAAGCUGUGCAUACAUGUGCCAGAGCCUGUCCUUAUGUGUGAGUGCACAUGCUUAUGUGCAUGCGCAAAAUGUGUAUAUUUACCACAGUGUGACUCACAAGCCACAUCAGAGACUGUGCAGCAGAGGACUGAGACAACACAGUUUCAAAGAGGAAGCCAGCACUGAUAGUGCUGAAAGAGCAACAGGCACAACACACAUAUACAUACAUACACACACUCACACACACACACAAACUCACACAUGAUUACACAGUCUAACAGUUACUGGAAAUCCCCUUUUGUUCACCUGAAUGAAUUCAGCUCUAGAGUAUUUGAAACCCCAAAAGCAAGUUUUUAAUCAUGUGUGUUGGGUUUAUGUAUAGAAGGAAAAAAAAUGUCAUUAAAGCAGCCUCAAUAAUGAGAGGAAAUUCAAAUUUUCUUUUAAUCUUUCUUUCUUUCUUUCUUUCUUUCCAUUAUCAUGCAAAUUGGAGCUAGCUUCUGCAGCUUCAUCUUAAAUAUUCCUACUCUUUUAGUAACAUUAAUUUUUAAGACAAUAAUCUUGAUAAUGUGUUGAUUCCCAUAAUGUUUAUUAGAGUAAAUAGUUUAUGGAGUUCAUUCUUCUUAUUUUUUAUUUAUAUUUUUAUCAUUUUUAAAAAUCUUUUCUGAUUACUUAUUAUAUUGUUCUCUUUUCGUGAGCUGCCAUCAUAAGAGAUCUUAUUUAACUUAACUUUAUAUUAUUUUAUCUUACAGGAAUUGAGAAGUCUUUUCACAGAACAGAAAAAACUGAACCUACACAGUUCAUUUGAGGAAUCCCACCUCUUGCACAUAACGUCACACAGCAGGUCUUUUCUGAGUCAAACUGCAAUACACAACCUUCUCCAGCAGAUGUUAGUAUUAACCCAACAAUGAGGCUACAGUGAGGAUCCUUUAAGGUUAUGUCAUUAUUCAGGGAAAGGAAGGUGCUCUGUACUUCUGUGAGCCAUGACUAAAAAAACAAUAACAAAUCUCUGACAUCUUUAAGAAAUAUCAAUACUCAAAAAUACAAAAAGAUUCACUUGACUUUUUUUGUUCCCUGUGAAAAAAUGUAAGAUGUAAAUCAAAGUGUUUGGUUGGAGGAGAAUAUCCGUCUCAGGGUUUGUAAGUGCCCACAGUAGUGUGAAGGAAGCAGCACAGGCUGUAAAUCACAUUGUAUUAUACGUCCCUGUGUUCUUCUGCCGUCUGUAGAAAGUUUUUCAUGGCAUUAGUGGUUAGACUGAGGCAGCCUCCUCCAGCUGAAGUGUGAUGUAAUUGGCUGUUAGAAGCCUCUUAUUAGGGAAGGGGGAGUCAGGACCUGCAAUAGCCCACGAUGCUAAGUGCCUAUUAACCCCCCAUGUGUGACAUUUAGCAGGUGCAUUUGCUACACUAAGGGUUCUUGUGAGAUUAUGUGUGUUUUAAAUGCUGGCUUUAGUGUGCGUGCCUGUGAGUUCGUGCUUGCAAUAAGAAACCCCUUUUUCCAAGGCCAGACAAAUAACCAGUUGGUUUUGGGAAACAGCAGCUCAUGACUGAAUUAUAUGUUUAGAGAAAUGUUUCGAUUGGCAGAAUUUUUUUUUUUCAGUGGCAUCCUAACAUGCACUUUCAUAUUCAUUUUGUGAAAUUUAUAUUAUAUUUAACCCUUUAAUGCCUAAAACUACAAGUUAUGGCCAGAAAAUUCAAAUUUUUUGGGAGCUGAAAUGUUUAUUUCACUUAUUACUGAAAACACAAAAAAAUUUAAAUGUCCUUAAAAUUUAUCAAAUAUGUCUAUUUAUUUAGUUUGACACAUAAGAUGUUUUUGGAAAUUGAUAAACCACAAAAGGACAUUUUUGUCAUUAAUCGGACUGUAUUAAGGUGUAUUUCUAGUAAUUUGUUGAUUAUAUUGAUUGAUAGAAGAAUCAUAAAAGUAUGUUUCAAAUAUGAUACAAAAGGCAAUAAAUGGUUAAAAAAUGCAAACUAAAUAAACAUGUCUACAGAUUCAUAUAAAUGCACUUUUGAUUAAAAAAUAUGUUGAAAGAAAUGAAUAAAUAAAGGAAAAAUAAUUAAUGAAUGAAAAUUUAUCACCACAGAUUGUUUCAAAAUAGGUGUUAACUAUUUAAAGCUCCUGUCAGGAACUUUUAGUUUGUGCAAAUUUUAGCGAGUCUUCUUUUAUUUUGUCCUCUACAUGUUUAAGUUAUGUCUUCUAACAAAAAAAGCUCAUCCCACAGGGGUGCAAGGUUGGUCGAGUGGGUUAGUAUGCCCAAUGGGAAUCACAGUCCCGCAGCGGAUGCAGGCUCAAAUCCAGCCCCAACCACGUGCUGCAUGUCCUCCCCUCUCUCACCAUGUCCAAAAAUUUGACUCUGUCAAUAAAAGGCUAAAAUUGCCCAAAAAUAUUAAAAAAAAAGAGAUCAUCCUGCUGCUUUUGACACUCAAUGGUAUCGCUUCCUAGUGAAUAUUAAAUGGAAAAAAAAAUGUUUUCAGUGGCUCCAUGUACGCCUGCCCCUCUCACUUCAUGUACUAAACAUAACAGAAUAAAAGUCAUUGAUCAUGUCUCUGAUGGUUUUGUUUGCUUUUGUGUAUCAUCAGAAGUUAUCAAUAUGAACUCCAUCCAAUUUCAUGGAUGUUAAAAAAAAACUCUCACAGGAGCUUUGAGAACACCACAAAAAGAAUGAAUAAUUUAAACUCACAGCAAAAAAUCUCCACCAGUGUUUUCGGAGAAUGGAUCCGGGACCGUCUGCGGCUACAAAUCCAUAUUUAAUGAUGUGCUUUCUAAGAAGCUUUCAAGCCCAGAUGUUAUCGAGUCACUAAUGAAGGGCAGUUGGUCUCUCACCUUUUAAUUAGCUGUCAAGUCUCAGACGCAAGAGUCGGUAAUCUGUGAGGUUGCUCAGCUGUUCUUUUUCCUGAAGCAAUGCGAUCAAACUUUCACUCAGACAGAAAGAACCAACAAGACAAACAAACAAAACAACGAGGGAGAAGAAUUUUUACAAGUGAAAUGGAUCCUUCACAGCUUAAACACUUUGAAGCCUGUUUCUGAUUGAUUAAUAAAUAAAGAGUGAUUUGUAAACACAUAAAAGGAACUCUAACGGUUUCAUAUACUCUGCAGGGAAAUUACAGUUUAGUUUGUGCAGCUAUUUAAUAGUCUUUUGUGAUAAGAGCUCGGCUUUGAGAGUUUUAAUUUAUCAAGAGGGCUGCAAUGCAGAGCUUUGUCACAAAGUUUUGAAGUGAUUUAAGAGACACAAACAGUGUGAUGAAAAAGCCUUGAAGAACUGAAGUGGAGCAAGUAAAAUCCCAGCGUUAGUUGAUUGGAAGAUUAGCCCCUCCACCACCAAGAGAGGAACUUGAUGAAAACAUUAAUGUCCACUUCAGGAGAAGUCUAAAUCCAUUUGUUGAUACUCCAAAACCACUAGUUAAAAGUUUGCUAUUACCAAUUAUUGACGAAAACAUCGCAAUCUCAUCAUCAUCAUCACACGAUCUGAUCUGUGGCUGUUAGUCUUGCUCACACAGGGGAAGACAGGAGCAAAGCUGUCAAAUGGAGUUGGAUCAGCUAGCUGGCAUCCCCGUUUAACGUUUCAUUCACAGAUUUUUCCUUGUUUGUAUUGAAUGUUUUAUGUACUAACAGAAUUACAUAAAGUAUCAACGUUGUGUGGAGGUCUGGGACAGUGCCUGUGAAGAGGCAGACCACGGUAACAGUGGCUCGUUCCCUGUUGGUAUAGAGAGUGAGUUACUGCGCCAAGUGGAGGAGCUCAGGGUCUUGUUUAUGUGUGGGGGUGAAAUGGAUUCUGAGAUUUACGGUCGGUUGGUGCUGUGUCAGCCGUAUUGCAGAUAUUGUGCUUGACCACGGUGACAAAGGGGGGAACUGAAGCUGAAAACAAAGCUUUUGAUUAACCAGCUAAUCUACGUCCCAAACACUUACCUUCAGUCAUCGGUUAUCGUAAUGGCAAAAAACACAAGAUCGCUGAAACAUGAUUAACAGAUUUUUAAAAAGCUUUGUGAUUCAAGAGGCACGCAGAUGGCCGAGUGGGUUAGUGCACUCCAUGAUUGGGGACCAUGUUCCCCGCAAUGGUCGUGGGUUCAAAUCCAGUCCAUGUGCUGCAUGUCUUCCAUCCUCUCCAUUGCCCCACAUUUCACUCUAUCCUAUCAAUAAAAGACAAAAAUCACCCAAAAAAUACUUUUAAAAAAAGCCCUGAGUUUCUCCCACUGCUGUAUUUAAUACUGCCAUUGCAGCCUCUGUCUGAAACACCUUCUUUUAUCUGCUGUCUCUUUUGCAUUUUCUUGUGAAUGUGGAAAAGCAUUAUACCCAGUCUUUAAAUGUUUUUGAGGCACAUCCAAGGGAAGAUGGCCUUGGGGUUGACGGAGAGCUCACUCGCAAGAUUGAACAACCCACCUGGCCAGGUGGAGCUGGACGAUGUGUGGGAAGAGUUAUGGGAGCUGCCUCCAAGAGACACCCCUGAACAAGUGGAAGAAAAUAGAUGUGUGGAUGGAUUAUCACUGCAAAAUAACCCUAAGAUAUCCUGAGGGAUCAAAUGUUAUAAUGUUAUUCUUUUCUAUUGUCUGUAUGCUAUUUUAACAAUGGGAACUUUUGGUGAUUCCUUGUUUUUGUUGUUUACCAGCAAAAACUUAAUUUUCAGUCAGUGUGUAAAGUACAGCAGCUGUAUGUACAAGUUGGUGUUACAACACAAGAUCCAAGAGUGUAGCUGCACUGACAGAUCUAUCAGAUUUUUGAUGACUAAUAAAAGCUGAUGAAUCGUACGAUGACUUUCUGCAGGUAACAGGAUUGAUAACAGCUCUGCACAUGGACUGUUUCACCGCCUGCAGCCAAAACCACUUGAAGGGUUUGCAGACAUACUGAUAAUAAAAAUCUUCUGAUAACAAACUCGGAUCAUGUCCCAACAGGAUUUACAUUUUUCUGCAGAAUCUAAGAGACUUCAUGUUUUUUUUUUCUGCUUUUUGGAAAUGUUUUCCACCAGGAUCAUCUCCAAGUAAGCUUUUUUAGUUAUAUUUUUAGGCAUUUGUGUCUUUAUUGGAUGGGAAAAGGAGACAAGAAAUGUGGGGAGUAGGUAGUGCUUUGACGAUUAGCGCUCCAAACUGUUAUUUUAACGGUAUAAAAUCUUAUUCUGGAAAAAAAGUGAGGGAAAAAAAUCCAAUCAGUUACCGUGACAGCACAUGACUAAACAUUUCUCUGUGAUUCACAUAGAUUUUCCCCUAUAGGAUAUGCGGUGCAGCGAUCGUGUGAAUUAAAGGGUUUUUUCUGUUGCUCUGAAGAGGUCGUGAUUUAUUUACACGCAGUGCAACUUCCCUCCUCUCGGUUUACUUCUAAAGCUUUCAUCUGACAACAAAGUGAAUAAAUAAAUUAGUUACAUAAAUAAGUAUAAAGCUGUUUGAGAAGGGAUGGUUUAAAGCUGGUAUAUUCCUGUAUAUUAUGUAAAAUACUCCUUCUGAUCCUGUUGACCCCCUCCCUGUCACCAGUUGGUACAGGCCACAAUGCUGUAGCCCACUAUCACUCUCCCCCCCUCUAGUCCCUAAGCUGCACAGCUCCUUACAACCUCACUGAGCCAGUCUGACAGAGAGCGCGCGUGUCUGUGCAUUUGCCUGAGUGUGUGUGCAUGUGUGUGUGUGUUUGGGACACGGGGAGGCAGCCAAGAUGAAAGUGUGAAGCAGUGAGAGGAAAAACCUAGAAAGAACAGCAAAGGCGAUCAAACAGGGGGGAGGGAGACGGCGAACACAGCAAAAAAGACAGAGAAGAGAGGAGGGGGAGAGGUUAGUGUGUGAUGAGACUGUACUAUGCUUGGUAGCCUUGAUGCAAAAGUAAAGAGAUGACUAGAUGACCAGAUCCUGCAAACACCAGCAUCCUGUCCUGGAGCCUUGACAGGAGGGGGACAAGAACAACCAACACACAAUCAGAGGCGAAACACUCUUCAGCUAGACCCACAUCUUCUGGAUCAUGUCAUCUACUGGGUCAACCAACCACAACAAGCGUCUGGAAUGUAAGUAGACAGAAAUGUAGGUGAUGAAGAAGAAGUGUGAAGUAACUUUUUAAUUUACUUUUUAUCGUUGUAGUAAUUUAACUCUAAACUGUAUCAUCUCUGUGCUGAUAUUUCAUUCAGAUUUAUCGUGUAGUCUCUGAGGAUAAGAGUUUAAUUUAAAUCAGUGUGUGGUGCAGCAUAAUCAUAACUCAUAACCUCAGAAGCACCCUGAGCAUUAGUAAGCUCUUUGAUAAGAGGAAACCUCAGUGUGAGCUCUACUUCAUGUCAUGUGCAAUAUAGAAGGUGCUGCAUGGCUGUUGCAUAACUUUUAUUGGCCAGUGCACCCAAAGGAUUCAUUAAAUCAUUACUCACUUCAAAAUCUCAAAUUACGCAUCCUUGCUCAUAAAAAAUCUGGUCAAAAAUCUCAUUGUUUAAAGUAAUAAAAGCAGCCAGGGGGGCAUAUCUCCUUAACUAAAUUAGCCUGACAGCGCAGUCGGAGGUACGGCACUGCUGAUGCAGAUGAGGUUUAAUCACAGUGAAAGGAUAACAACUACUUCUCAGGGUCUGACUAAGCUAGUUGGAGAAUGUCUUAAAAUAGAAACAGGAACAACUCACUGCUACCUGCUGCCAAAAGGGACCAGCGUCUUGAAUUUUUAAAUCGAACUAAUGACCUCAAAUGAGCUGUUCUGGCAUUUCUGUGUCAAAUAACUACUCACUGCUCUAUUAGUGAAUGUGCAGGGGUUUUGUAGCAAAGACAGAGCACUACAUAUUAGAUCUAUGGAAGUGAAAAAAAGCCCUCUAUGACUGACCUGGGGGGGUUAUGUUUGCAUUUAGCCCUGAGUGAGGAGCCUUAAUGGCUUUUGGGAGGGUAAUGUCCAGGGGAUACACUAUCAGAUCAGACACUUAUGGAGAUGGUGGUCAGGCAUGGUUCAAGAUGUAAUCGCAGCAUGAGAGUCAUGUGAAGCUGGAGAUGAGAGUGACAUCAUGUAACAGAUCCAGGCUUAAUCUGAAGGAUGUGUUGUGGAGUAUAUGCAGCACAACUCCACGACAAUGGCAGUGGUUCAAGUUGUGGCGUCAUAGAUGACCUGUCUGGGUUUGUUUUCUACUACAUGGCGGUGUGUUUAUGGAUGUGGGGGGAGGUGGCUGUUGUGGUGCAGUGAUCUCACUCAUAAAUGAUUUAUGCUUGACGGGCUGCCGUGGCUACGAGGGGCAGCAGUGGAGAGAGAUUGGCCCGGUAAAUACAAGCAGGACAACCUAAAAAUGAUGAGUGUUUUCGACUGCGAGGUGGGUGACACCAUCAUCACAUCCUGAGAAGGGGGGGGGGGGGCGGCGAGGAACUGUAAGAGAGGCGGCGGGGAGGGGUUUGAGAUAGAUGGGCUGUCAAAUCUGACCGUCCAUGCGGUGUAUGCUAGCCCACUUUCUCACACACAAACACCCGGCCCCUCUGAGAACAGAAAGAUGAUCAUGGGAUUUCUUUCUGCCUUCCUCAUGGGGAUUGAACGCCUCACCAUGUGACUCUUUGGCUCAAUAGGAACAUUUGUUCCCAGCUUCCAGUACACUUCCCAGGAGCCUUGAUGUAUGACUGCACCACUUGCAUGACACAGAGCAAUCCAACGGCGCAUGUGUCUGAUGUUCCCGUCAUGGCAAAAAUGCCGAUAGAGCACAUGGAGAGGAAGCAGUGGAGGAAAGAUAAUUGCACAUUGCAUUCUGGAGCAGAAAAAAACACAAAUAAUGAUAUGAUUGUUGAGUUGUUUUCUGCGUUUCAAUCCAGAAGGAAACACAAAGUGUGGAUUAAAGAAAGCAAAGCGAAGCUGUGAAAGUGGCAAAGGGAUCAGACGCCUAAAGAAUAAUCAGACAGAUGAAAAAAAAAAUCAUGUGAUUCAGCUCAGCUGUCACCCCUGGCCCUGCACCACACAACCCCACCCCCUCUGACACACACACACACAAACACACCUCAUUGAAAUCUGUUGUUAUGGCCUUUCAUAUGAAAAGAGCCUGAAAGCAAAGUGCCAAAAAAGAGUCAGGAUUAAUGAAAGGAAUGAAAUCAACAAAGAAGAUUAAAAAAGAAGAAAAAAUAGGUGUUUUCCUGCAGUUUCCAACCCUGUGGAGUAUUUUUUUUAUUUUUCUAAACAGACAACAAUUGGACUGAAACUGCACGGCAUCACUACACUUGUGUAUUUGUCGCUGAGGCAAGCAGACCCUGCAAAGCCCUUUUACCUCAAAUCACUGACUCCACAGAUACUUCAUAGCAGAAAUAAUGCAAAGCAGGCUCAUGUUACAUAACAACACACUUCUCUUUCCCUGAUCAUUUUCCUCCUUUUCUUUAUUGUGUCUUUCCCUCUACCUUUCCCCUUUCUUCCUUUCCUAGCCAACACAAGCAGCCUACAUUCCUGUACACACACACACACAAGCCUGUAAGCUGUGCUGUCAUGCGCUCCAGUACAGUAGGAGUCUGCUGUUGUUGGGUGUGCAAGUUGAAGGAUUGUACCACCAUUAUGUAACAGUAAGCCCAGGGUAAUUAUGGUUCAGAGCGGGCUAAGAUGGAGCGGGGGUUUCUGGGUAGGGGGCAAAGGUCCUGUCACAGAUAACAAGUGUGAAAGAGAUUUAGAGGACUGCUUUGGAAAUAUAACAGUCUGUGAUGUUUUUCUUCUGUUUUAGUCGGAUUUGAAGUCUUUUCUUCAUCAGCCUGUCUGUGUAUCAAUAAUGAUAAUGAUAAUGAUAAUGAUAAUAAUAAUGAUAAUAAUAAUAAUAAUAAUAAUAAUAAUAAUAAUAAUAAUAAUAAUAACAAUAAUAAUAAUAAUAAUAAUAAUAAUAAUAAUAAAAACAUCAAGAGAUGUAAUAAUUAUCCAGAAAAUUACAAGAAAUAAUAAAGGUCCAGAAAACACAAGAAAAAAUUUUGUUUAGAAACAAAAGAGUUAAAAAGAAGUAUAAAAGAAAGAGUAUUCAAGCCACAUUAGAGAAAACCUUUUUUUUAAUCUUAAAUUUUGUUUUUAAGACUUAUUUUUUUUUUUUUUUUUAGAUUUACACAUUCUUCAGAGUAAUUUUUCACAUGGAACAAAGUCAUAAAUAAUUAUGUCAAUAAUUGAUGAUGUGCCAAAACAUUAGGAACAAGUUAUUAAGAAUCUUCAUGAUCCUUAUUUUGGCAUGGGCAGCUGGCUGCUCACUGUAAAACCAAACUCCAACCUUCUCACGACUUUGUUAUCAUAACUAGAUAACUUUAUUCUUAAAUAUCAUGACUUUACAACUUUUUUUUUAAACACAAUAUGACCACUAGUGCUAGUCUUAGGUCCAAGGUUUUUUAAAGUGAUAUCAGUCAUCAAUACACAGCCAAAGUCUAACAAUUACAUGUUUUUCUUGUCUUUUUAUGAUUUUAUUCUUUAAAGUUGUUGCGUAUUUGUUGUUCUCCUCUUUCAUAAGCUGUGCCCCUUGAUAUCCUGAAGCAAACACUUUCAUAACACAACAACAGUCAGUCAUAACAGCCUGUCUUUGUUCCUCGACACUCCUACAGUCUUUGCAUGUGGUCUGUGUUAUAUAGGCUACAUGAGAGUACAGCAUUCUGAAAACUUAACUCAUGAUUUAUUUCUGGUUCUUUGACGAUAGCUGAUCUAAAGUUAAUUUUCUCACUGUUUUUUGCUUCUCUGACUCCUGAUAGACUCAAACUUUCUUCUGUGUCAAGUGCAAAUAAAUAACCUCAAAUCUGAGAUUAAAAGUGGGAAAAACUCACAGACCAUGCAGACCGAUAAGGAUAGUUAACAGCCAAUAACCUCUGUUAGAAGCAGGGGGCUGCCCCUGUAGGGGUUCUGCACCGCAUCUGGGUCUCUUCAGAAGCUUGGUUUUAAUGUAACUUUAGCUGAUUUGCAUGGAGGCCUCCUACACGUCUUCUACAGAAGGGUGGAAGAAAAGUUAGAGGUUAUGUGGAUGAGUCAGGCUUUUACAUACAAGCUUUUCUCCCACGUAGGAGCAGACAGAUGGAGAUGUGCAGUUGAACGGGUGCGUGUAUGUGGGUUGGGUAUGUCCACUGUUAUCUUGACUUGAAUGGUGAAAUCAGAGGAAAGAGAGAAACCCCUAUAAGGUCAGCUAAACUAUUUAUAUAAGUAGUGUAGUGUAACUUUAUUAUCAGACGCCUCAUCAGAUGUAGGCUUUUGCGACAUAUAACAUCUUAUGUGAUCGUCCCAGGCUGAAACAUUUACGACAGUAUAAAGUUAACACACCUAUGUCUCCUCCUGUUGUGAACCAUAAAGACAAAAUACUGCUGUGACAGGUGAUAACAUAUCAUUAUGCAUUAUGGAACUGAUGCAUCAGUGAGUGCCAAUCCACAACUGAUGAAGCCAUAGAAUUACUGCCAUGCCCCGAAGCUUUCAUUUGUCAUCGAUGUAACAUCAGACCCCUCUGGUCAUUACAGUUGAAGCGAAUUCCUGUGACCAUUUUGAACUAGACAGUCACAGCUGUGGCAGGUUACAUGACUGUUGUGUAAGUGACCUUUUUUUUUUGGUAUUAAAUAAGUAAUUAAAAUGGAAAAAUGAACAUUUGCAAUGUAAUGUAUAAAGAUAAGAACUAAUGGUAACACUUUACAAUAACCAUAACUCAUAAAUGGUAAUUUAUUAAUGUUUAAUCAUCAUUUAUAAAUAGCAUAUAGACCAUUAAUGAAUUGUAAAUUUUACAGUUUUAAAAACCUAACCCUAACUUUACAGUAACCAUCUAAGUAAUGUUAAUAGGUGGUUUAUAAACCACUUAUUGAUCAUUUACAAAGUGUUACAAACAUCAGUUGCAACUUCACAAAAAUCAUCUAAGUAAUGUUUAUAGAUGGUUUAAAAACCAAAUAUUAACCAUUUACAAAGUGCUACUGACACACAUUUUAAUCUAGAUGUUUAACAACCAAUAUUUAAACCCUAUAUAAACCUUUAAUAAAUAGUCCAUUAAUAUUUAACAAAAAUUACUAAUCAUAAUUUCAUUGCUUGUUCAUGCUAAAGUAACUAUUAACUUACAUUAAUAAACUAUCUAUUUGCCAUUUAUAAUUAGUCUAUAUGGUGUUUUUAAAUGAUGAUUAAACAUGAAUAAACUAUCUAUUUACCAUUUAUAAAUUAUGGUGAUUGUAAAGUGUUACCAAAAUAACUGUCAUGAUAGAAAACAUAAUUGUGUGUUUGAGUUUUUCAUAUUUGACCCAUUAUUUGAAUGGCAGAUGCAGGUGUUAUGGCAUAUGUUGCAGCUCGUGUUUGGGAAAGGGGGAUCUUUUUUUUUUUGUCAUGAUGUCCAUGAGCUGAAUUAUGACAGACAGAUCAUUAUUGGGUGAGUUUUCCUCUAAUAACAUUAUGAUUCACCGUUAUCGCACCAAAUAAUUGUAAGAAAAGAGUCACAAGGACGUCAUGGAUGGCUUUGUUAGGGCACUGAGUAAUAAAACUCCAUUACAUAUAAUCUGAAAUUGUGGGCUAUGAAUUUUACAUGUUUUUAACUCUACUUUUACCACAGCCCUCCUACAAUAAUUAAAUAAUAAAUGUAAGUUUAGCAGUUUUUAAAGAUCAGGAAUUUUUUUGUUUUUUUUUUAAACAUGUAUCUUAGAUUUCUUGAAAAAUAAAGGUUAGAUCAAACUUUUUGGUAAAUUUGUCUUAGUAGUAUUCAACUCUUAACACUCAUUGAAUGGUUUGUUCAUGAAGUGUUGUCCAGAACUACUAAAAUACCAGCCAAAGACACUCUGAACCCCUGAGACGUUAUCUGCCUCCACAGACAGCCUGUAUGACGGUAUAAAGGCCUGUCAGUUUCGCAUGAGAGUGGACACUCACACCCUCAGGGCUGUGACAGAGUGACUGGCUGCGUCUCCAGAGACAGAACUGUCUGAAGAGGAAGAGGCAGUUGGCUGAGACGUGUUUUUGUUACACAAAAGAAGAGCAGCUCUGAGACAGUCUGACACACACUGGUGAAGUUUCGGGAAUGUUCUUACUGUGCUUGUUGGAUCUAUCUGCUGGCUUCAUGCUAACAUGUUAGCCAUGCAUGUUUAAUGUGCAUGUCACACAUAUCAGAGCAUAAACUUAAAGGAUGCAUAGAUAGAUCGAUGUUCAAAAAUACAUGGCACUGUAGUUUCUGUGCUCAGAUUCAAACAUGCACACAUGCACAUAAACACACACAAACACUGAAACUCUAGUGACAUGAGUCAAAGUGUCAGUUCAGGGAACCCAAUGGGGGAAAGCACAAUGUGUGCUGCAGAGUGUGCGCCAUGGUUACACAACCACAGCUGGUCAGCAUGGCAGAGGUUGAUGCUGGAGGUAAACCUAAGGGCAGAUGCUCUCAUGUUUUUCUUAUUCAUGCAAUGAAACAAAAAGAAAUAUCAUAGUAGCAUCACAUAUUACUGGUUUAGGUUUCCUUUGGGAUUUUGUGGUUUGCGAAAGCUACACUCCCUUUUCUGGACCCCCAACUGAAGCUGAAAUUAACAAAUCACAGCUGAAAACGGCGCAGAGCAUUUUGACAACUUGGAUGCAUUGAAUUAGGUCAGACUUUCAACACAGUGAAACUUCGUCUUUGUCUUGAGAGAAGUAACAAAGCUCAAAGAAAUGUGUGAUGAUAACUGGAGUGACAAAUAAAAAGAGAAAAUAUUUUAGAAAACAAAUGUGCAGAGACUCUUUUUAAACCCGAAUAUACUGGUUCAAACACUUUCAGACUUUACAACUCUUCCGUGAAUAGUAGAUAACUUUUAGAGACAUGACAAAUGAGAUGACAGACAACUUAAUUUCCCUUCGAGGAUCAAUCAAGUUAUUCUUAUUCAUAUUCUUAUUAUUAGAUAACCAAAGCGUUUCCCAUGUCAGAGGCUGGAUAAUUUAUUUUUCUCCUUGGUGAUCAACUCAUAAAACACUGACAGCUUUUGACGGGUGAUUAAUAUUCAUUUAAGGCUCGGCAACCACAAACAAAAAAACAAUCAUGGGAGCUGACUACACAUGCCUUUUUGUCGUAAAUUAAGAGGAGAUAAGCUUUCAAAGCGUUGGGUUUGGUAAAGCAAAAUCUGGCAACAGUUUAGUUCAUGGCUGGCUUAAUAUGUGUGCGUGGAGGGGGAAGUUAAUCACGCAAAUAACUCUGACAGUAAAAUGACAAUAAAGGCGAAUAAGAUCAAAAUUACAUUGAGGAUCCCUGAAUAGUCUUAAUGGAAAUGUCUCAGUGCUACAAAUGGAGCUAAGGCGAUGCAAGUCAAGUUACAUGUUCAUCAUCAUCAUCAUCAUCAACUUCAUCCUUGUUAUCAUCAUAAAAAUAAAGGAUGGAUUAUUCCUAUCCCUGCACUGUUAAGAAUAAGGAAAUAACUCCAGUUUUGCCUUUUUAAAUGAUGAUUUAACUCUAAGAGAAACUAAAUUAGAAGAAAGUGGAAGUGAAAAGUGAUUUUGUGUUUCCCGUGUGCAUCUUGUGUUCAGCAGAGACAGAUAACUCUCAGAGACUGUUGCGUAAUGAUUCGGCUCAGCACCUGAAGAUGAGAGAGAGACAGCGCUUUUUUGAGGAGGUCUACCAGCAUGACAUGGAGAACUACCUGCCCUCCUCUCACCUGCAGAUCGACUGCAGGAAACGUACGUAGUUGUCUUAGAUUUAUACUUACAUGGCUUUGUAUGUUAAGAUUAACACAUUGUGUAAUGCUUCUGUUUGCUGUUCUGUUUCUGUGCAGCCCCCAUGGGAAGUAUCUCUUCCAUGGAGGUGAACGUGGAUGUUUUAGAGCAGAUGGACCUGAUGGACAUCUCUGACCAGGAGGCCCUCGAUGUGUUCCUCAAUUCAGGCUCUAGUGUGGAUGAAGGAUCUCUGGCAUCUCCACUACCAGGUGCAACAAUUGCAGUUGGGCAUACUGACACAUGUAUUUAUCUAACCCUUUAAUGCCUUUUGUAUCAUAUUUGAUACAUACUUUUAUGAAACUUCUAUCAAAUCAAUAUGAUCAACAAAUUACUUUAAAGAAAAACACCUGAAUACAGUCUGAUAAAUGAUAAAAAUGUCCUCUUGUGGUUUAUCAGUUUUUCCAAAAACAUCUAAUUAAAAUUAAAUUAAAUUAAAUUAAAUUAAAAAUCUAAAUUAAAUUAAAUUAAAUCAAAUUUAAAUUUAAAUUAAAUUAAAUGUAUCAAACGAGAUAAAUUAAUAUAUUUGUUAAAUUUUAAGGACAUUUUGAUUUUUUUGGCAAACAAAAAUAUCAAAACAUUUCAGUGCCAAAAAAUUCAAUUUUCUGGCCAUAAUUUGUGGUUUCAGGCAUUAAAGGAUUUAAAAAAAAAAAACAUUUCUUGAUCAAUUUUUAAUAAAUGGAUAGGUUGGAUCUUCUGUUGCUGAAUUAGAUUGCUGUUGACCCUGACCAUUAUUGUGUUAGUCAGUCAUUUUAGCAUGGAUAUGUUUAUAUAAGCACACAUAAAUAUAAUAUGUAAGCAUAUACAUACAUUGAGUAACCUACUUUGUUUAAACUAGUAUUUAAAAGUUGCAUCCUACUAACAUAAUAAGUACUUUCAGAGGGAGAAGAUGAAGAAGAUGAAGAGGAGGAGGAGGAUGAAGAGGCAGAGGUCAUGUACAGAGAACGUGCACCUUUGAAACGGCAACAUGAUGUGCAACAGGGCUCCAAAUCUCGCCUGUCCUCCACAUCGUCCGGCUCCAGCGACACCAGCGAGGGUGGAGUCGACACACCCGUGAUCCAGUCCGACGAUGAAGAAGUCCAUGCGGACACCCUGCUGCUCACCUCCGUCCCUCAUACUAGGGAUGAAGAAACAGAGGAGGAAGAUGAGGAGGACAAAUGCCUUGGGACUAAAUCUUGUUAGAGACUGAACUUUACUGACAGUAGAGAAAAUGGAGAAGGCGAGACGUGUCUGAAAUCAUUGUCACUCUAUUUCCUCUUUCGGAGGGAAACCCUAGCAUGGUCGACCUGGCUGUCAUUUUUUUUCUUUUGAAUGUUUCCAGAAAAUCUUUCCUAAUACCUGUUAAGUGCUCUGUUAAAUGUAGCUAUUGAGAAUCUUAGCAAUAGGGACAUUCAUGAGCAUGAGUCAUCCCUUUUACAUCCACACAUCGGUUAUUGCAGAGGUUAAAUAAUGUCACUUCAAGUUUGAUUCUUCGUACUGCCGCAGAGAAACCUCUUUCAGGCUUGUUUUUGCACUCCGGAGCACAGGUGAAGGCUGCGGUGCAUCUCAGCUCUACAGUCUUUUUAGGCGAGACUCAAGUGAAAGGAACCAAAAAGAGUCGGAGUCUGAAAAUUGAAGGACAAUCUGCACUUAAAAUCUUAAAAUAAUCCUUUUGAUUUUUUCGAAUUUUAAGAUUGAUUAAUACCAAAUCCAUCUCCCACAUGACACAGCUCCUGCUCCAUAUGUUGACUUAUGGCUGAAUAUAAUUUAAAUGAAGACAUCAGACUGAAGGUUCUUGACUGCAGGGCUUAAACAGCGAUCCAGUCUAGUCAAGUACUCAGAGAUAAUUGCAAGAUUAAUACGUCUUGAUGUUUUUCUUUUUUAGAUGAGUUAGAUGAGAUUGUUAUUCUGUUGUUGGAAGUUAUCAUGACUGUAUUGCCAUGUGCAUGUGCUAACUAUGUACAGUAUCAUGGAUGGACCUGUGUUUAUACCUGCAUGCUCUUUUGUUCUCGUGAGUGACCUGAUUGUGUGUUUUCAGUUACGUGGCUACAAAGAGUUGCAUUAACGAACUAUGCAGGAUAAAGGACUAAAUGCCAAGUUACACCUCACCUACAAGUGACAUGUGUUGGAUCAAUGUGACCCCGCGUAGCUUGUGUGGUUCAGCUUAAGAAGAUUAUUGUUUCUUGUGUGCGUGUGUGUGUUUGUAAUGAGCGUCGUUUUGGUGAGUUAUGACGAGGGCGUGUGGACGCGAGGGUGUGGAUGGUUCACGAUGAAAGAAGUGGAAGGAUGGUUGAGUCGACUUUUGGGCGUCAAAACAAACUGUUUUGAAAGUGUCGAUCAUGAUGUGUGUCUCCAGCCCUUUUAAAAAUCAUUCAAGGAGUAUCAUAAAAUAAAACUGAAUUGAAGAGACAUUUAAAAGAGUUCAA